GAGAGAAAGGCACAUGAAAUUGAAAUGGCGUAGGAUGAUGGACGAUUCUGAAAUGCUAGCAGGAUGGAUCUAACAUUGGGAACUAAAGGAAAUGUAGCAAAGCUGUAAUUCAAAGUAGAAAGAAGCAGUACUAGGUGGUAGCACCCGCUUGUGACUUUACAUUCUGUCAAUGAUGGCAAAGCAGGACGGGGCGAAGCAGGAUGGUAAAGCAUCCAAUCUGCAGAUGAAACUGACUAACAUAUUUUCAGAAGUACAAGAAAAGUUGCCUUCACUAGACUUUGACUUUUCUGAUGUGAGUUCAGAUGAGGAGUUAAGCAUCUUCAAUCGAUCUUUAAAAAGUCCAACAACAGCGUCCAGUCGUGAGGAUGUACUUUCACCAAAGAGUUGGCAGUCGGCAUUAGUUAUUGAUAGCAACGAAAAGAACUGCAAAACUAAUUCUGUCUCACAAACUGUGGAUGUCGAAGGUUGCGAUGUUAUGGGCAAUUUUGAAGUAUGCUCCAAUGGGUGGCAGAUAUCAGCAGAUGGUGAUAAUUGUGCUGAUGUCCAAUUGCGGCACAAGACUUCAAACAGUACCAGAACAUUGUCAGAUGUAACCUUGACUUGGACAGAGAGUUCCACCUGUGAUGAAUUCAAAGAUCACAAAGAGUCCAGUGGAUAUUCCGUUGAGAACUGCCCUGUUAUUAUUGAAAGAAAUAAAAACAACAACAGUUUUGAAAAAAGGAGAAUGAAUACAGGAGGGAUGUUGAAGAACCUUUCAUCUGAAGAGGAUAACAGGAUUGUCUCCAGGUUCAUCACCAGUCAGGCACCUAUACUAGACUUCCAGAAGGUGGAAGAACAACAGUUAGAUCAUCUUCUAAACAGCCUCCCAUUGGACUCUAGUAAAGACAACACUCAGCUUGAUGUUCAACCUGGAUUUUUUGAUAUCAAAAAUGAAAGCUCAUCUGAAAGUGCAUCGUCGUUGAUGAAUAAGUUAGCCAAGUUAUGUUUACAGCAAGCAUCUCAAGUGAAAGCUGCAACAUUGUCAAAAGACAAAGUUUCAAACAGGGAUGCUCAUAAUGGCCACAAGACAGUAGCAAAGAGGUCAACAGGAUCGAACAUUGGUAAUAAUCAGCAAAAGCUUAUGUCGAGUGAUGUGUCUACAGGUGUGUCAACAGGUGCUUCAACAGGUGCUUCAACAGGUGUCUCGAAGAGUGUGUCAACAGGUGUCUCAAUAGGUUUGUCAACAGGUGUCUCAAAAGGUGUGUCAACUGAAACACUUGCAGUUACUUGCAGCAGAGGUGUAUCCACAGGUUCAAAUAAUGACAAGGAAGCAAACAGAGGAACGAUUUUUCUUGAUUUAAGAGAAAAAGAUGAAAUAAAUGUAGCAAAGGAGACCAAAGUGGAUGAACCUGCAGGAUUGGUAGCUAUUCAAAGAAUUCUGAGAUUGCAUGAAGCUGUAGGUGGCUGUGAGGAAUCUGAUGACAAUGACGAUGAGGAUGGUAUAGAUUGGCAAAAACAGCGCAAGCAGAUAAGGACUGCUAUCAGUGAAGGCCAAUCACUCAAGUCAUGUAACGAUUUACCCUCACCUCGCAAGAUAUCCCGGACCAGUAAAGUGCCGGCACCCCCUAGAGUUUUGCAUCUUCCACCCAAGAAAGAAGUCUCUGAAAGUCCACAACAAUUGCAGGCUAAAGAGUCAGAAUCAUUGGGUCUUAAGUCAAGAGAAACUGAUGUUAAAUUAGGUUCUGAUGAAGCAAGUGUUAAAGUUGUGAAGAGAUGUCCAGAAGGUCAUUUAACAGACAAGGUCAAGAAACAGAAAGAAGCAGAUUCAAAAAAAUUACGCAAGCAACAUGAGGAAGAAAAAGCCGCAAAACACAGACUUCAAAAACACCUUGAUGCAUUGAAACCAAAGCUUUCAAUUGGUGGAAAAAGCAAGAGCUGCCCAGCUACUGAUAUUUUGUUUGAUGUGGAAGCAUCAUAUACAAAAGUACCAGACUGCUUACCACCAGUUGCAAAGUAUAAUGGUGAGACACUUCUGCUGAGCGUGUGCUUAACAAGCUGUUUGCAGAUAAAGACCAACAGUAGUGCAGGUGGUAGGAUCCUUGAUUCCAGCCAACAAGAACUCUCUGCUACUUACAUUACUUUGCUAACCUGGCUUCUGUCAUGUGUCCCACGUAAUUUUGACUUCCUUAUGUCUCCAGAAACUGCUGAAAGUGAGAAAUAUUUGCCAUUCUUUGUUGUUGGACUUCAGCAGCAUUUACUUGAUGGUGAAUUGAUGCUCAUGGUUGCUGUCAGACCAAGUGGAAAAAAGACUCCGUUGGUAACAAAACACAAGCGCAAAAAGAAGGAGUCAAAGCAGAAUUGCUCUAAUUUUGAACAAGCUAUAACUGAGUUCUUAAAUGUGAACACUUUGCAUAGUGUUUGUCCAAAUUCAGAAGGAGCCUUUUCACUAAUAAUAAGCAGUGAUGGUAUGCCUUACAUACUAUCUGCCCAUUCCCAAGACAGACACUUUACUGAAGGAACUUACAUUCCAGAACUUCCGUACAUCAAUAACAGAGCUCUUAGCACAUUCAUCAGUGUACAGAGUAAUGCAGAGACUAUCGAGCGUGUCUUUAAAGCUCCUGUCGGCUUCUUUUGGCAGAUAUUGGAGUCAGAAUAUCUUGCUUGUGACACUUCAUCCAGCGAGCAAUAUGAUAAUGAUAACGGCAUACAGAACACUAUGUCGUUAAUAAGCCAGUCAAUAUAUCAUGACCAAGUUUGCAUGCUUAGCAUCUUAAAUCGAAUCCUCCACGAAGGCUUUGAUAUUUGUGGGCUUCGUUUGGUCUAUGCGCCGGAAGACAUGUGCUUGGAAGUCCCAGCUGCCAAAUAUGGCCGUAAACAGAUGCUAGUGGAUUCCCCACACUCUGAGUUGGAUCAAGUUGUCAUCGAAGAUCUUAAUAAUGUUGGUCCGAUUCUAGUGUUUGCUUUGCGAGGUGCUAAUGCGCGAAGGAAUUGGUUGAACAUUGUAGGACCCUCAGACCCACAGAUUGCCCGCCGGACAGAUCCAACAUCAUUGGUUGCCCUCUUUGGUGGAGACGACAGAUCUGAGGUUGGAAUAUAUUGUCCUCGUAAUCAAGACCGUGUUAACUACGAGUUAGCACUGUGGUUUGGCGGGAGAGUACCAAAUAAUGGUGUUGUUGAUGUAGGUCCAAGCAUUUCCAAAUCACAGAGACACAAAGGAGGGAGCAAUAAGAAGAAACCAGCUAGAAAUAAUAAUUGCAAUGAUGAGGUUGGAGAUGGCAAUGAAGAUGAGGCGACAGCACUAAGUUCCGUUCCACCAGCACUGCUCACUGCAUCUACAUCAUCGGAUAUCUUCCUUUUGGUCUCUCCAAUAAUUUCUCCCAUGUGCAUUGGUACCAUCUUGUCAACAUGCUGUAAAAGAGGUUUUCAACUAAGAGGUUUAAGAAGACUCAGACUUAAUUCUAAAAGAACAUCUGUACUGGGAAUGACCGGACAUCAAGCUAGAGUUUUUAGCCCUGUGUCUUGCACCACACCAACCUCACCACAGAACUAUGAUCAACUACUUCGUGAACAGCUAGAGCAUGGGUUUUCAACAGCUACACCCUCCCCUAUGCCAUCACUUGUGAUUCUGUUGCGGAGGGAGAAUGCCUUUAGUCAGGGGUAUUCUUUGGUUAAAUACCUAAUGGUUCAGUUGGCGUUGCAAGGUUUGCUAGUGGCAAUCCAGAAAAAUAUCAGCACUAAACUGACUUGUAGUGCAUGCUUCCAUAUUGCUCCAUACAGCGAAUCACUAAUGGCAAACCUCGGGGGUGACAUUUAUCGUGUUCCGGACAGUGAGCGACACAUUAGUCUCCUUAAUCAAGGAACGUUUUACACAAACCCUGAAAUGGAACAAGUAGUGGCUGUGACAUUUGUUGGAGUUGAGGCUAUCAAGCUGAUUGGUGGUUAUUUGGACAAGAUGCUAGGCUUUUCCACUACAGGUGUCGAAUUGCUUGGAUUCAAAUGGCUUCCAUUACUUACCUCAGCUCAAGCCAAAGAAAUCACACCAUUUGAAGUAGGAGAUCGCCACUGGCAUUCCAGCCUCAAGUUCCUGACAGCAAACCCAGUUGUGAUAUGUAUCAUGCGAGGCAUCAAUGCCUUUCAACGUGUACAAACUUUCCUUGGUAUUCAUUUGAGUGCGCAAAGCGCCAGCUCUAAUUCGCAAAGUCUAGAAAAGUUGUUAUCGCCCACCGCUGAAUUGGCUUAUCGCCAAACUGUCAUCUUCUUCUCGGAUCGUGAAUUAUUUUCAGAUCCCUCAGUUCGUAUGAAUCUGCAAUAUCAGCCACCACUUCGCAACCCUAGCCUAGAAGCCAUUUCUACUGCUCGCUUUACAUGGGCUGAUGAUCUUGUGUCAACAACAAUUGGGAAGAAUAGAGGACGUGGUGGAAAACAGAAGUCCCUCGUUGUUGAGGAGUCUGUUUUCAAAUCAAUGACAGCAGGUCCUAGGCCAAUAACCACAAUAGCUGUGAUCAAGCCAGACUCAGUAAAGCGUAACCUUGUCAAGAUCUUGAAGUACAUAGCGAGAGAGGGCUUUAAAGUAGUGGCCUUUAAGCUUCUAGUAAUGAGCAUGGACCAGGCUACGGCAUUAAUCCCCAGUCAAUAUAAACAGAAUGACAGAUAUGUUGAGUCCCACAAGGAGUUACUGACCUCAAGACCAUCGCUGGCACUCUGCCUGCAGCGAGAGAAUGCUGUCAAGAAACUAGUGGACUUGUGUGGACCUGUAGAUCCCAAAGACAGUAGGACCAUCAACCAGUUUUUAUGGAGAAGUAUAUUUGGUCAUGAUGCCAUCAGCAAUGGUCUCCAUGUUUCUGAUAGCUACAAUGCUGCUGUUUCUGAGGAGAAGCUGUUUUUUCCUGCUGGCUUAUGCUGUCAACAAACUCAAGAUCUCUUGGCUGAUGGGAUUCGGUGUCCAUCUCAAGAUGACCUGAUUUGUGAUGGAAAUGGAGGACGGAAAUUUAUUAUGAAUGAUAAUGUUGUAAAGAAUGAUCAGAAUGAAAAUGAGUUUGUGUUUCAAGCAGCUCACAGUGGUCUUUGCGAAACUACAUGUAUGGUACUGACUUCACGCCUGAUUUUGUGGACCAAUCAGAAGAAUCAGAAUAUCUAUGUGGACAUUUUAGAGAAGUUGGUUGGGGCAGGUUUCCAAUUAGUGGGAGGGCGUAUGAUGUGGCUAACAGAAGGUCAAGCUGGAAAGGUUGUUGAUCUCUUCAAAUGCUCCCGUGAUAAAUUGGUUCCUGUUCUUACCAAGGGGCCAAGUUUAGUUCUUGCUCUUCAACGGGAUAAUGCAGUCACAUGCUGGGAAACCAUUCUGAAAAGCUCGGUGGCUUCAUCUGAAAUUAUAACAAAAUAUGCAGAGCAAAUCCUGAGGCCAGCAACACUUCCAGAGGCCCACAAUGCACUUGGGUUUUUCUUUGAUGAGUUGUGUUGUUCUUCUCAAGGAGAAAUUGUACUUGAGAAACAGGAAUGAUGAGGAACUAGAGCUACAAGUCACUAUGGUAAUGACAUGGCUUCUUCAGUGCUUGGCCUAUAGCUGGCAUCCAAGUUAGUGUCCUUUAAGCUUUGUCCAGAGAGAGCUUUUUUCUAGGCAAUAUUUUAUUCAACAGUUGGCCGACUGAGUUACUAAGUUAGAAAUUCAAAACGAACUUCAGUCGUAGUUCGAACUAAAUCUUCAAAAUUGCGUCAUUUCAUAUUCUUAAAACGAACGCUUUGACUAGCACUACGACUAAAUCUCGCGAAUCUCGACUAAAAUGAUACCUUAUUAUUUUAGUCAGCCUGCUUUUUGUAACUCACAAUAGAGUAAAAUGCAUAAAAACGAUUGCAUACGUAGGUCUGAUGUGUCUUCGGUGUGUUCAACAAAAGAGACACCAAAUUCAGCUUCCAAAAGGUGAAAAUAACAUGUUUUGCUAGCCACAUGCGAUAGUACCUGAUUUAAACAAAAUUCCCUCGUGUUGCUGUCAACAAAUAUGGCGCUGCCCUCGAUCGGGCUCAACUAUAAUAGUUCUCCUUGGAAAGCAAUUUUUCAGUGAAACUUCAAAUUCGCUGUCAUUAUAUGUUAACGACUAAUAAAGUUAUUAUUAUAGAAAAUUAAUUAAGCGAUUGAUGGUCUAAUAUGAAUUAUGAGGAAAUAUGUUUUUGAACAACAGACGGCACCUUAAUAUUCAUCCGCCUUACCGGAUUUUCAAAAUUUCGUCUGCUAUUAAAAUGAGCUCUUUUCAUUGGUUAAAUUUGAUAGUUGUUGCUUGCCAGCCAUCUUCAGAUGAACUAAAAAUAGGACUUGAAUUAUUUGUAGGUAGAACUUUGAAUACAUUGUUAAUAAACACAAAUUUAAGUUUAAGUUGCAACUAGGACUAAAUGAAGUUCUAGUUCAAAGUUGGACUAAAGUUUGUUUUAAGAAUGUGGGCAUAUGUCUAUUGUCUCAAAUGAAUGACCUUUUACUCUUUAAGAGUCAUAUUGUUCUUCUUAAUAACUAGAUUUCUGUAACUUGAAACCUUAUAAUCAUUAUGCAACAAGUAACUAUUAAUUCUGAGACAACUACUGUAUACUAUAUAGUUGCCUCAGAUUGCACCAGCCUAUCAAUAGUGAUUAUAAUAAUAUAACUGCUUUGCUGUUAUAUUAAUUUUUAUUUUAUGAUUUGUUAUUAAAAUAAGAUGAACAAAUAGUUAAUAAUUCAAGUUGUUAAGUAAUACAGUUUCAAGUCUACUGUUACAGUGCCUUUUUUUAUUUAAGUAUUCUAAUAUUCUAUGGUAAACAAUAGCGAAUAUGACAUUAUUAUUCAUGUACAAGUAUAGCAACUGAACACUAUUACAUCCCAAUGGGCAAAUCAUUGGUUGUAGCAGCGCUGAUUCUCUCCGCUACAUGAUACUGUGCUUCCCAGGGAGCUAAGAGUGUCUUUCAUAGGUGUAUAGUCUAGUGACCAGGUGGAUUAUUAAUGAGCUUUCGAUUGCACAAAGACGGUAGGACAUAGAACGUAAUGACGUCACUAAAAGUCAUCUGCGCAUGCAAAACGUUAAGGUCACCUCGUCGAGCAGAUUCUGGAACGCAAUUUGGCCAAAUCUACGUAUGCAGAGAGCGUAAGAUGCCAGGUAGGACGGUCACGCAUGAGUGAUUCCGUUCUAGCGUCGCACAAAUCAAAAGCUCCCUUAUGUAAGCACAUAGAGACAGUUUAUUGCAAUAUGUGCUAUGUAAAUGUAGCAUUAUUAUUAUUAUUAUUAAUAUUAUUUAGGACCACUCGUGUCUAAAAAACAUAGUGUACCACUUUUACAGCCCAUCAACAAUGCAAGUUGUAAUGAUUUUUUUUUCACAAGUUGUAAUGAUUUUUUUUCACAAAUUGCAUCCUUGCGAUUUUGAGAUGUCAUUCUCAAAAUGAAGUUAUUCCUAUGCGGUUGUCACUCUACAGUGCCUCACCGACGUCCAUUUUCUUUAAAUAAGAAAAACAUUCUAUUAAUGAUAUAAAACCUCAAGUUAUAUUCACUUUAUAAACACUAACUGUAAGGUCAUUAAUUUUUAAAUCAUACCAGAGGAUUGAUAUAACAAUUGAUUUAAAUGUCAUUGUUUUAGUUAUGUUUUAUUUAAUUUUGAGUUUAAAAUUAUAUAUUACUGUAGUAUAAUAUUUAUAUAACAGAUUACCAUUGAAUAUAUACUGUUUAUAUGUAAAUUAUAAAGCAGAGAUUUACAGAUUGUGUUUUUAAUACAGGGUAUUUUAUUUUAAUUGGUAAAUGUGUUGCAGUUGAAAUCAUUCAUUACCCCAUAGUCUUUUACUGAAACAUUCCAGAUACUUUUUUCCGUCCAAUAAGUAAAACAAUAAUUACACCAAUUAUAAUGAAAGUUUAUUAGUGUUAUGCAAGAUUGAUAUUGUGUAUUGAUACUCUAUGUAUAUUUAUAGUUCACUGUUACUUUAUAAAAGUUUGCUGGUUAUUGAAUCGUUGGAAUGUUUGUUAUUGAGUCAGUUGAUCACAGGAAUUAACCUUCAGGGAUAUUGUUGUGCAUUAAAUACUUGUGGCUGGUAA